CCGUCACCUCUUCACCUUUGCUCUCUUUUUGAAGUCAAUUACAUCUCACAAUGGGCGGUGCUGUCGAUCCUAAGAACGGCCACUUCAUCGGCAACUGGGGCGAGUUCGGUUGCCCGACCCCCCAGCGCAUCGCUACCUACGCUGUCUCGUCUAACCGCCAGCGCCCCUUCGCCGGUGCUUUCCACGCGGCCAUCUUCAACACUUUCCGUCGUUUCCGCAACCAGGUCCUUUACGUCGCCCCUCCCUUCAUCAUUGCCUACGCUGCUAUGAACUGGGCCGUCGAGCGCAACGAGUUCCUUAACUCCAAGCCCGGUCGUCUCCUCGAGAGUGGUAGUGACGAGUAA